UUGAGAAAACUUUGUGUUUUUAAUCAUGAUCAUAUUCUCAAAUUCGAUUAAGAGUCUUAAAACGAUAAAAUAACUGAAAAAAAUUCAUAUGAAAAUUUUAUUAUUUAAUUCUUUAGCUUAUUGAAAACAUUCGAUUUAUUUUAUACUAUUUAUAAUAUUCUUAUAUUUGUUUGUUGGUUAGGAGCAUUUAAAGUCGAUUUAAAUCAAUGUGAAGAAUUAUACAAACAUUUUAGUUCAACUGUUUUUCAUCGAAGUAAAGCAUUAGGUAUCAGUUCAUUAAUAACAAAUCAAUCAUAUUAUGAUACAAAAAGUUUUGAGAAUUAUUUAAGAUCUCGAAUGGGUGAACGAUUAAUGUUAAAAACUUCUCUUGAUGCUGAUUCACCAAAAUUUAGCAUAAUAUCUGCAUUAACAGUUCCAAAUGGUUUUAAAUUAUUUUUAUUUCGUAAUUAUUCUAUAUUAAUGUCACCUCAUGCACAUUAUGAUGGAACAUCAAAAUAUAAAGUAUGGGAAGCUGUACGUGCAUCUACUUGUGCUCCAGGAUAUUUUGAAGAAUAUUUUCUUGAUGGAAAUGUAUUUCAAGAUGGUGGUCUAAUAGCAAAUAAUCCAACAAGUAUUGCUUUACAUGAAUGUAAAUUAUUAUGGCCAGGUGAAGAUAUUCAAUGUGUCGUAUCAUUAGGCAAUGGUAGACCUGCACCUGAUGUUGCAUUUCAAUCUAAAUCAAUGGGCUUAAGACAAAAGUUAUCAUCAUUAGUUGAUAGUGUUACAAAUACGGAAACAAUUCAUGUAUGUUUACAUGAUCUUCUACCACCAAAUAUUUAUUUUCGAUUAAAUCCAUUUAUGAGUGAAGAUUUUGUUUUGGAUGAACAUCGACCAGAACGUCUUGAACAAAUGUUACGUGAUACUCAAAUUUAUAUACGUCAAAAUGAAUAUAAAUUUCUUAAACUUGCUCAACAAUUAACAAGACUUCGAUCACCAUUUCGACAACAGUCAGAUAAUUUAAUACCAUUUAUUGAUGAUAUUAUUCGACAUGACGAUGAUGAUGAAGUACAAUCGUCAUCAACAAAGAUUAUCUGCGAUACAAAUGAUAACAGUGUUGUUCGAAGUAUUCUAGAAUUUUUACCAGAUGAAAUUCUACUUGAUGUAAUUAGUUAUCUAAAACCAUAUGAUAUUUAUCAUAGUCUAUAUAAUCUUAAUAAUCGUUUUAAUUUAAUAAUCAAUGAUUUUCAACUUAGUUUACAUUUGGAUAUAUCACAUAUAUCAAAAUAUGAAUUUGAUUAUUGUCUUUCAUCAAUAUUACCUUUACCAUCUGUUCUAUUACGUCUUUAUUCAUUACAUAUAUCAAAUGAUGAAACUUAUGGUGCUAUAGCAUUAUUUAUACGUCAAUAUCCAUAUAUAAAUAUUCCAUCACUUCGUUCACUUUCUUUAACUGAUGCAACAAUAUCACAAAUAAAAUUUCUUUUUCAAAAAUUAUCUAUAAAACUUGAACAUAUAUCAAUAGUAACAAAUCGAACAAUAGAUAUGAAUGAUAAACGACAAUUAUGUCAAUUAUUAUUAAAACAUAAAACACUUCGUUCAUGUCGUUUAUCAUUAUGUGAUGGUGUUGAUUGUGAUGAAACAAUUUUAAAUAAUUCAAUAAAUAAUCAACUUGAAAAUGUAAUUAUUGAUUUAUCAUAUUUUCAAAAUAUUCUUACACUUUUAUCUUAUAUACCAAAUAUAAAACAAUUAACAAUAAAUAUAAAUCAACAAAAAUAUUAUAAUCAAGAUUAUGAUGCAGCUGCAUUUGAUAUUGUUCGUUUAUAUAUUCCAAUACAAUUAACUUAUUUUAAUUUAAAUUUACGUUUUUCAAAUGUUGAAUUUGAACAUAUUGAACAAUUAUUAAAUUGUUUAAUUAAUUUAAAACAUCUUUGUUGUUCAUCAUUUCGUGUUGAACUUGUUGAUGGUUAUCGAUGGGCACAAGUACUUGAACGUCUACCAUUAUUACGUCGUUUUGAAUGUGUUAUGACAACAUAUAUAUAUCAUUCACUUGAUUUAAAUUUAAUAUCUCAAUCAUUUCAAACAUUAUUUUGGAAAGAAAAAAAUUGGUCAGUUGUUUGUGAUUAUUUUCAAUAUCUUUCUCGUUUAAUUAUUUAUACAAUACCUUUUUAUAAAAAUUUAUUUACUUCAACAUUAAAUGGUUCUCAAUCAUUGAAUGAAUUUGAUGAUAGAAAUAUUUUACCAAAUAAUGCUUAUGAUAAAGUUACUCAUCUUAAAGUAUCUGUUCAAGGAUUACAUUCCGAUAGUAUACCAGCUCGUAAAUUUCGUUUUGUAACAUCCUUAUCACUUUGUGAUGGUGAAUCAUAUAGUGAUCAUUCGAAUAGUUCACUUCUUUCUUAUUUAACAUCAACAAUUGAUUUAACAAAAAUUCGUCAUUUAAAAUUAUAUUCUUUACUAUCUGGUCAUACAUUAUUUUCACUUUUAUGUAAAGCACCAAAUAUUGAUUGUUUAAGUUCAUCAUAUCAUAAUCUUUUACAAAUGAUUAAUGAUUUUGGUGAUGUUUGGUUAUGUUGGUUAUUAAAUACAAUGAUUAAAAAAUUAACAUUAUCAUAUGGUCGUUUAACAUUAUCAAUAGUUGAUCAAUUUAUUGAACUUUUUUCUAAUAUUGAACAUUUAUCGUUAUGUAUGAAUAUGGAUGAUAUUGAUUUUCAAGAAAUUCUUUUAAAACUUUUACAAAAUUUAACACAUCUUUCAUCCAUUCGGAUAAGUUUAGCUGGAAAAUUAACAGAUCAUUUUCAAUCUCAAACAUUUACAUGGCUUUCAACUAAUUCACAAUUAUAUUCAGAAUUUAAUGAUAAUUUUCUUGAUAUAUGGAUUACAUAG